ACCAGUGUGGGACGGAUCACCCCUUCUUCUUGGUUGGAUCACGUGCAUCGGAGACGGCUCCGAAGAAUUAUAGUAAGCUGCAGCGUCAGAAAAAGUCCAUUUGCAAAAUCUGAAGCCCGGUAACUGGAUUUUUCAGAAAUAUGUCUGCAGAAAAUCUUCCUCGAUGAUAAAAGCAAUUAAACCCAUCCAAUAAAUCCAGGGUUUGCAUUUAUCUGCAGCUGGAAUCGGAGGGGUUUGCAGACCUGCGUUUAUUUCUUCGGCGUCUGUCUUUCUCUCUCCUUGCAAAAUAGAACUCCCGAGUUCUUUCAGCUAAGUUUAUUUUUUUACACCGUCAGUGAAAGUAUUCGGCACAUGCUGAUUUUUAAAAUAUCUCAGCGACGUUUUGGAGAACGGUUUGCAUCAAAGGUCUGGAAACGGCGACAAGGCAUUCAGCGUGAGGUAAAGACUCCUCUCUGUAAGCGCGGUCCCCGGUUUGACAGUGUCUUCAGUUGAAGAUCAUUAAAGAGAAAUUGAACAUCCGGAUCGCAGCAACAACGAUGCCAGAAGGGAGCAUGUCAGCGCAGACCGGCGGGCUGCUGCCCCUCUCCCUACUGCUGUCACUGAUGGUGAAAGGGAGCCUGGCGUUCUCGGUGCCCAACACUUGCGAAGCUAACGGCAGCGUGUACUAUGUGGGCGAGUGGUACUCCCUGGACUCGGAUCACUGCACGCAGUGUGAGUGCACGGCCGAGGGGGCCGUUUGCGGCCGCGCCAACUGCCCGGCCCUGCCGCCGCCUUGCAUCCAUGUCAGCUACUACCCGAACGACUGCUGCCCCCGCUGUGAAAGGAUCGGCUGCGAACACCGGGGCCACGUCUAUGAGCUCGGACAGCAGUUCCAGCCAUCAGAAUGUGAACAGUGCACCUGUGACAUGGAUGGGAUAGCACGCUGUCUGGUUGCUGAUUGUGCUCCACCUGCAUGUGUUAAUCCAGUCUAUGAGAAAGGAAAGUGUUGCCCAGAGUGCAAGGAUGGUCCAAACUGUUACAGCGACUUCACCCAAAGUAAAGUGAUCCCAGGAGGGACCACUGUGUGGGUUGACAAGUGCACCUACUGCCACUGCCAUGACGGUCAGGAUGCUGGAUACUGGGAAGGCAAUCGUGUCGCCAAGUGUGUGAAGGUUCAUCGUUGCACUCUAAAUGAUGAUCGCAAUCAGUAGCCAUGAGAUUGUAGCAGAUACUUUCACAACACUUCUCCGAUGCAAUUCGCUGGGCAGGCUACUUGGAUGUCAGAAAUGCAGUGAGUCUAUUAUGGUAUAGCUUUGAAAUAGAUAGCUAUGCACAGCAAUAACCUUUCUUCAUUACAACACUUCCACAUAUUAUACUGUUUCCUUAGACUUAACACUUUUUAAAUGCUAUUUUUCAACAUGGCACAUAUAUGUAUGGUGCAUCACACUGGUGGUGAUGGAGGAAUGAGAAAAAAUUUUACUGAAUUAAGAACAAACCUUCUGAAUGGAAUGCAUUGGAUACAACAUCGAAUGUUCCUUAGAAGAAGGUGGUAGCUUGAAAAGCAUGACAAUAGCAAACUGUUGUAUGUUUAUGAUUAUUCAUUAUCCUACAUUAGCUUGGCAAUGGGAAAUUCACUAGUACCAUAAAUACCAACAAGAAUUCUUUAGGAAUUUUCACCUCAUUAACAAAUAAAUAUUUGUAGGUUCAAGUAGAAUGAUCUUCAGCAAUAAUUCUGCCUGGUGAGAAAAUGGGGUCAAAGCUGGAACAAAAGAAAGUAAGAAACAGGUGUAAGCCAUUUGGUCCCAUGUCUGCUCUAUCAUUCAAUUAGAUCAUGGCUUCUCUUUUACCUCACUGCCAUUUUCCUGCACUAACACCAUAUCCCUUGAUUCCUUAAUAAUUUGAGCAAAGCUGGUGUUAAUGGAAGCUGUGACAGUUAUUGGAUUGAAUCUGGGAUGGAGACCAAUGAGAGUAAUAGAGUUGUUUUCUCAUGACUAUUAAGCAUUUUUCCAGGAUUGCCAAAUAUUGAUUUAGCACUUAAUACAGUCAGUUACCUUGCAGAUCCUGUGAGAAUUCUCCAGAUAGUUGUUUAAAAACAAAUGCUUUUAUUGCUUUUGUACAAAGAACAAACAAAACAUCAGCCUUCAGAGGUUAUUUGCCUUCUGAUUCACUGUCUAUUGCAAGUUUUCAAUGGUUGAUAUAGUCACAACUGUGGAAAGCCCAUGGGAGAGGGUGGUGGGAAUAACUACCUUUAAGAGAGAUUCACUGGUUUUAUUAAUGUCAUUGGUUCUUUUUCUUUGCUGGUUGACAGGGGCUCAGGGCUCACAAACAGCAAAUUUCAAUUUGUGGUGUCAGUAGUGAGUCUUUCUGGCAAUUAGCCAUUGUAAAAAGUUUUGGAACAUUGUCUAUCUGCACAUCUGCACCCUACCCCAAAGUGUGAAGUUUAGAGACUCAGAACAAAGCAUCCUUGCUUAAAUUAUGGGAGUUGCAAUCCAUAGUUUUCUUACAAAUAGUGGCACAGUACAUUCUGCAAGAUAUUGUUUAUUUUCUGGUGAAACAACUUUGAUCAGGGUUAGUUACAGAUUACAGUAAUUGUUGCCAAAAUCUCCAUGAAUCAAGUAACCACAACAGGUAGAUUAUCAUAGAGAAACUUGGAGAGAUUUCAAACACAAGAGAAAGCACCUACAGAGAUAGGUUGAAUGAAUGUAAUUUGUUGUUUGUCUAGUAUGUUAAAAACCACACUAUAUCCUGAAGAUACAUUAAAUAAGAUGGCAGCCAAAGGGUCUGCAAGACAUGCUCAUUGGUUUCACUUCUCCUUGCUGGUAAUUUUGUUUAGUGGGUUCUAGUUUUCUACAUCGUUGUACAUAUUUUAGAUAGUUUUACAACAUGCCAGCCAUUAGUUUGUUGUUAGGUUCCCUGUUCAGCUGGGUUUUUGUUUUGCUGUUUUAUAAAUGAUUUUUGAAGCAACAAAGGUUUUUUUGCUUGAUGCCAUCAGACUACUUGCUGGAAUUGAAACUGGGAUCUGCAAUUGAUCUGGAAACCUUGAUGGUUCUUAGUUUCAACAGUGCUGAAGCUAACAACAACAGAUAAAGUGAAUCCCAUGCUAUCUAAAAUUAUGGGGGAGAGAGUAGUUUUCAAUCUCCUACUUAAAAUUAUCUUUCCUAUUUUCACGAGGGUAUUUCAAUUUCACAGCAUUUGCAUGUGAUAUUCCAACAAUUCACAAGAAAGCUAAAAUACUGUUAAUUAAAAAAAACAAAUAUUUGUAACUUGUUUAAAAUGCACCAUGGAAUUUUGGGUUGUAAAGCUUUUGGGUUUACUAUUUUGGUUAUUAACUAUGAACAUCACAGUUCUAACCAUGCUCUGUGUUCAUUCUUACAUGGUAAUAUGUAUGGGACAUUUUUACUGAAGUCUCUUCCAUUCAAAACCUGUAUCUGUAGAAAGCAAGUUUUAGUUCUUUUAAUUUCUGUCAUGGUUUGUUGCAAAAUUUCAGCUACUGGUUCUACUGUCUGUGUCUUCAACUCAACUGAUACAUUAGUGAUUCCAGAGAAAAGUGUGUGAAUUAGUUCCAGAGAAUAGUGAAAUGAUCCCAUCCUUUGGAUUGCCCACCUUCAAGCUGCUGUUCAUCUUUUGAAAAGGUUCAUGCAUUAUCACCUCUAUGUUAAAACAUCAUCACUGUCCAACAACUCUGCAUCAAUGUUCCAGAGUAAUAAAAUGCUUGAUUAGUUUAAAACAAGUCAAAACUAACUCAAUCUAUGUUUUGGCACAGUCAAUGGACUAACCAGAUGCAGAGCUUAGUUUUUUCAUUUAUAAAGCUAGUUUUUCAUUUAUUGGAAUGACCUCUUAUAAUCUUCCUAGGUACUUAGUGUUCACUUUCAAUUUAGGACAGAUUGUUUCUUUGAAAAUAUUAAUGUUGCAUUCAUUAAGAAUUUAUUUCUAUUUUUGCAAACACUGAAUUAUAUUGGUAUUCUUAUAAUAAAGGCAGCGUACUGAUGCUCAUGG